CAACAUUGCAACCGAGCAUUUAUACAAAUGUGUCAGUGUGUGCACGCAAUAUAGAUUCUUCCUGCAAGUGGUUGGAACCUGAUCAUUGUGCUCAGGAAGCCAAGAAGCAACUGUUUAUACCAAGGUGACUCAGGAAGAUUACAUGAUGGGCUACCCCCUGAGCUGCCAUCGGCCCCAGCGGGACCUGAAAGGGAGGAAGCGGCAGAAGGGGCAGCCAGCCAUCCCCCCGGACAGCCGGCCCAGUGACCAGGUCAACAUUAACACGGCGACUGAGGAGGAGCUGAUGACCCUGCCAGGCAUGAACCGGACGCUGGCCCACAACAUGGUGCUGUACCGCAACAGGAUCGGGGGCUUCCGCAAGAUCGAGGACCUGGCACUGGUGACAGGAGUUGGGGCCACCAGGCUGCAGCAGAUGAGGCCUGAGAUCUGCGUGGGGGACACGGGGCCACUGCAAUCGGGGACCGAGGUCGGAGUGGGGGCCACUGGGCCGCAGGCUAGGCCCGAGGUCGGAGUGGGGGCCACUGGGCCGCAGGCUAGGCCCGAGAUCGGCUUGGGGAACCGAGGGCGCUCCCGUUCCAUGGACAACCUCGACCUCCUCUCUUGCACCAAGCUUAACAUCAACCUGGCCUCAGAGAAGCAGCUCACCACCUUGCUCGGAGUCUCCGAGGAGAUGGCCCGCCGCAUCGUCCACCACCGGCCGUACCGGCGUGCCGACGACCUGCUGCGGGUGACUGGGCACCACGCCUUCUCCUUGACCCCCAUUAGCUCCAGGCUCAGCGCUGCCCUCCCGAGGCCUGCCUCCACCACCACCACCACCACCACACCACAGCCGUGCAUCCCCCUACCUUCCUUCUGCAGUCUGCAGGACCUGAGCCUGAACCCCGGCCUCCGGCCUCGCACCCCCUUGCUGUUCGCCCCCCAUGCAGCCUUCACCGGCUGCUUUGGUGGCAGGAAGGUCAUUCGUGUCGGUACCUGGAACCUACAGGGCCUCAACUUGGACAAGGUCAACAACCCUGGAGUAAGGGAAGUCAUCUGCAUGACCCUACUCGAGCACGGGAUCAAGCUAUUGGCCAUUCAGGAGGUGCUGCAUGAAGAUGCUUUAGAUAAGGUAUGUCUGGAGUUCGAGAAGCCCACCAUCACUGCGCUGCAGGAAUGGAAAGACAGCCGUGGCUGCUGGAAGUAUGUUGUGCUGGAAAACCCACCUGGACAGGAGGAAAAGGAGAUAGAACGUGUGGCCUUUCUCUGGGACAGUAGCGCAGGCCUUGAGCUCAACCAGGCGGUUAGCCUAGAGGUGCUGCUGGAGCAGAACAACGGAAACCAGCCUUACAAUCAACCUGUGCUGGCAUGCUUCAAGAUGGGAGAGCUCCCACUCAACCUCAUCAAUGUCCAUCUGAGGGCAAACCAGACACUUGGAGUCACGACAGGCACCGGUAACAAAGCCUUGGACAUGGACACCCUCCGGCCACACCUCACAGAACAGAAGCAGCUCAUCAUUCUGGGACACUUUGGUUUGCAGCCCGAUGCCACUGAGUUCAACCUAUUAAGAGACCACCACUUCCAGCACUGUGUACCCAGUGACACCUUCACCAACAUCAGCAAGGACAAGAAUGGUGAUGUGUCUCGGGACAAUAUCUGGUGGAACCAGCCAGCACAGGCUGCCUACACAGGGAGAUGGGGAGUGAUCCGGCAAGGCCUCAGCAAUCCCUGGAUACCAGAUGGAUGGAAAUGGGGAGGAAAUGUAUCUCAGCACUGUCCAGUCUGGAUUGAGUUCUUCAUUGAUUAGCGACAAACUAGAAAUAGUAUUCUGGACUGUGUGACAAAUCUGCUUUAAGAAUGGCCAGAAACUGAGUUACUCGAAACAGUUGUUCAGUUUGCUUCCAAGCCAACAAAGUAAUUCAACUGUGGGGCACAAUCUGUCAUUUGCAAAAUCUGUUGGGUCAGCUGAUCCUUCUAAUUCAUGCAUCUCUCUCCUCUUGAUUUCUUCCAAAAGGUUAUCCAUUAUAAUUUUGAUGGCUGCAAAAUUCUGGGGGAAAAAAAUCAGGAGUCACUCAUAUCCUGGAUCCUCACUUUCAUCUUGGAGAUGGAAAAUAGAGUCAGUGCCAACCAUCAGGCACCUAAUUUUACACUGCUAGCCUAAUCGAUUUUAUUCUGCCCACUCUCCCAACUACUGCCCUCAGAUUCUACCACUCACCUACACUAGGGGGCAAAUUACAGCGGCCAGUUACUCUGCCGACCCACAUGGCUUUGGAACGUGGGAAGGAACCAAACACCCGUGGGAAUCCCAUGCAGUCACAGGGAGAAGGUGCAAACUCCACACAGGGAGCGCCCAAGGUCAGGAUUGAACCAGGGUCGUAGGAGCUGUGAGGCAGCGGCUCUACCAGGUCUGCCGCUGUGCUGCCCUAGAUAGUGAAUUGAAUCUGGCUGAAUUCCUACCUCAUCUCCCACCUGCCUUAAGGGAGGUGGUAGAGGCAGGGAGUCUCACAACAUCUACAUGAGAAGUAUCUAGACAAGCACUUGAAACACCAAAGCAUGGAAGGCUAUUGGCAAGUGCUGAAAAAUGGGAUUAGAGUAGGUGGCUCCGCAUGAACAUGAUGGGGCGAAGGGCCUCUUUUUGUGCUGUAUAACUUUACAAAUUCUAAUCGGAAGUUGACUCAAACAUGUCAUGCAGCCUUGGUUCCGACUUGGAAUCUACUUGCUGCCUUUAAUCUAUGUUUGCCAUUUUAACUCUGCCUCAGGCUUUCUGCCGGACAUCAGCCUGGUCAGGGCAAACCAACACAGGCCACUUGUCCCACAGGAAACCAAGGCCACUGACCAAGCUGAUUUCCUGGGAUCAGUCUACGUGGGCUGGGUGUUAGCACUUGUAGGCUGAUCCCAAGUUGUGCCUGGUCAUUGAACUGGGAAGGCUCUCCAAACCCCUUUGCAUUGAGGCUCAUGGUGGGUUAUACUUCCAGAUAUAUUAAUGUCACUAUGCUUGAUCUGCAUAUACAGUAUAUCGUGUCAUGCAUUCAGCUAUAGAGACAUCUUUCAAAUCUGUGUAAUCUGCAGCCUCAAUCAGGGACAGGAAUUUGUUGCAGAUCAUUCUAUAAGCAUGUUCUUUGUGUCUUCUUAUAAGCAGAAUCUACUCCUGAUCAACAGGAAAUGCCAUUCUUAUGAGCUGCACCGUCUCCAUUUCCUGUGGUAAAUUGAAAUUUUGCAGGAUCACUCGAGUUGCCUUGGUAGUUCAAAGGUGGAAUCAGCAACCCUUAUACUGCUCAUUUGGCUAAAAGCACCAUUAUAUCUGUUUAACAGAUUUUUAAAAAACGGAGUCACAACCGAAGGAAUUCUGGCAAAAGGUUGAGUUUUUAACCCUUGGAAAGAGGAGCUGAGAGAAAACUUUUUGGCCCAGUGUAAAAUAGUGAACUGUAUAUAGGCAUUAAACUAAAAGUUGGAUAAGCUACAUUGAAGAAAGGCAGUUUGAAUUCUUCAUUCAAUUUUAAAGCAAAACCAAUGAAAAGAGACCGUGAAUCCAAGAUUUUUAUCUUUUCACCCAGGCAUCCACUGUAGGAACCACCUUGAUUUAUUUCCUUUGAAGGGGCAGCACAGUGGCACAACUAGUAGAGCCACUACCCUUACAGCACCACAGACCCGGGUUCAAUCCUGACCUCUGAUGCCGUCAGUGUGGAGUCUGCAUGUUCUCCCUGCGACUGCGUGGGUUUCCUCCGGGUGCUCCAGUUUCCAACAACGUCCCAAAGAAAUGUGGGUUGGGAGGUUAAUUGACCACUGCAAAUUGCCCUUCGUAUGUAGGUGGGUGGUAGAAUCGUGGGGGAGUUGAUGAGAGUGUGGGAUUAAUGUAUUCUUAGUGUGGUUAAUGGUCGGCACAGACUCAGUGGGCUGAAGGGCCUGUUUCCGUGCUGUGUCUCUGUACGACUCUAUGCUUUGGCCCUGGCUCAGGAGGACAGUGGGGGAGAUACUGGACUUUGUAACAUUGACAACUUCAAGGGUUAAUCUGCAGAGCUGGUACAAUUGCUGCUUGUGACAUGUAGUGAGGAAGUCAGCUAUUGUCACCAUCACCACCAAGUACAUGGAAACAUAUUUUCUUUAUUGAAUACAAGCCUUUGCUACUUCAAGACAAGUAUUCCAAUACUUUCUGGAUGUCUCCUCCACACAAAGUAGUAGUCAUCCAAAACACAGCUGGCCUUUUGUUGACUGGCUCAAAGUGCCUCACAGCUCCAUUGACCUGGGUUCAAUCCUGACCUCGGAUGCUGCCUGUGUGAAGUUCUGGUUUCCUCCCACAGUCCAAAGAGGUGUGGUUUGGUGGGUUAAUUUUUCCACUGUAAGUUGUCCUUAGUGCCUACGUGAGUGGUAGAAUCUGAGAGGAGUUGAUGGGAAUGUGGGGAGAAUAAAAUGGGAUUUGUAUAGGAUUGGUGUGAAUUGAUGCUGGAUGGCCAAUGUGGACUCAGUGGGCCGAAGGGCCUGUUCCCCUACUGUAUGACUCUUGUUCACCCAUUCCUCCGUGCCUACUCUCCGACUCUGCUUCCUGGCCCUCAAUUUUACAUCCUUCAUCCUUGUUUUCACAUCGCCCUUCCUCUCACUGCUUUACCUUCUGCACCAGAAAUUUGAGACCACCUGCUCUCCCCUCAAUUUUGGCAUAAUGUCAUGCCACCAUUUUACCUUCAGGCGCUAAGCUCCAAAGCUCUAGAAUUCCCUUCCUAGAACUCUUCCUUCUUUUAAGAUACUCCUCAACACUUUUGCGGCAAACUUUUGGCCUUCUGUUCUACUCUAACUCAAGGGCAGAUGCCGUUUAUUUGACGUAGCUUCUGCAACCCAUCUUGGCAUUUUUAACCAUGUUAAAUGGCACUGUAUCAAUGAAAAUUGCUGUUUUUGUCCAACGCCUUAAACUCUCACUUUCAACCACUCUAUAUCUGAGACCUUUAGUAAUUGACCACUAGCAACAGGACAUCCCAUGAGGAGAUUCUUGUGGUCAAAAACAGUUUCGAGUGUUAUGGGCCAGGCCUGUACUUCUUUAGAGCACUAUAGAAAAUAUCGCCAAGGCUCAUUCCCGCCCAUUAUCCUGAUGUGAACCCGCAAUAAUUCUCCUUUUUAUUUCCUCUGUUCCUAGUUUUCACCAGCCUCUGUGUGGACACAACUGACAUUUAAUCCAGCUCGCACGGUCACCCACAUCCAACCACUCAGCCUGAAGGCCUCGGGCUUGCCUUCCAAUAAAUCAGACUGACCUCUGUGACAGUUUGACCACAUGAGCACUCCAGCUCCAUGACUCACCGUUCCCGUGAGACGUUAUGCACCAAGCUGAAGGCACAGAUUACACGGGGGACUUGUCUUAAAGGCACACGGCCCUCUC